ACAGAAGGCAUUAGAGAAUAUACCUAUUUGUGUUGAAGGUUGCGUCAAACGAAAUGACGUCUCCAAACAUUGCGUACUUCUUCCUAGCGAUAGGAUCGCACCAAAAUACCCUGGUUAGCUGGUCACUCUCAUCGACAUCAUAAUCAAAGUGGAAUGCAGAGCAUGUUUGUUUCUUUCUGAAUAGUUUGUCAAUGAGCAUCAGCGCCUGCAAUAUAUGGGUGUAGCUGGAGACUUCUGGAGCAGUCGAGAGCUUUGGGCAGCGGUUGAUGAAGUGGCAAAGGCAGCUGAGGUGCGGAAGAAGUAUGAAGAGUUUAUUAAUGAUGUGCCUUCUUUCAAUAUAAGGAUGACACAAAUUCUUCAAGAAGAAGGUGGGGGUGUAUCUAAGAUGGAGAGCAUGCGUGAGAUGCAAAAGAGAAAUGAGGUGAAUGAAGAGGUGAAGCAAGUGAACAUAACUCCUGCUGGUCCUGACAACACCCCGAGCAUGGUUGUCACAACCUUGGAAUUUGGCAGUAUCAAGGUGACGGUUGAAGAGAGAAGAAUUGAAGAAGAUGUUGGGUUGAAGAGGAAAAUCGAUGAUAUGUUCAUGAUUGAGGGGGAGAUGGAAGAGGGUGCUGAUGCUUUUAAGGUGGUUUGUGAUGAAUUGGAAUAUGGAUGGAGCUUGACUAAUCCAUGUGAUGUUGAUAUGGGGAAUAGGGUUGAUAUCCUCUACAGCUCAUCAGCCGGCGUCAAAAAGAUUGAUAAAUAUGACAAGAUGCCAAACGUUGUUGUAAGCCAGGCAUUGAAGCGGUGGGACUGUGGAUUGAAAAAGGGGGAUGAGAAGGCGGUGAAUGCACUUCAGACAAAGUAUUGUGUUGCGAUAGUCGAAUUAGAUGUCAACGAGGUUAAGGACAGGAUAAGGCAUCUGAAUUUCCAGUUUCGUAUCGUUUUGAGAUUUGGGUUCAGGGAGCAACCCCUGAAUGAGUCAAUGCUGGCUUAUACAAUCACCGAUUUGAAGGAAAUUGGCGAUCACCGGUGCGGGAUUUUCGAGAACAGAGGCUGCAUCACCCGAACCAACCUACAAGGUGGAGGGAUUCAAAACUACGGUAUCCAUCCUGGGAAAGAGCUAAGGGUUUCGGUAACCAAAUUGGAUUUUAUAGGAAUCGAUAUGAAGGUCCAAUUUUUGAGGAGCCAGGGGUGUUCUUGCUUUCAAUUGAAAGUAAAAAAUUUGAAAUUACAGCUUCAAACUCAAUCAAGAUUGCUGAAUCAAAGAAAGGUAAGACUCAACACCUCUCAAUAUCGAGAUCUUCUGCUUUAUGGUUAAUCGAGUCCUUGAAUCACCCACCAUUAAGAAGAAAAGGAUAUACUGUUACAAGAUUUGAAGGUCGAACAUCAACUAAGUUUUAUUGGGAUUCAAAUCAAUUUGGGGUUUUUGUAAGAAUACUCACAUGAUCUGAAGGCAAUAAGGCCCAGAUAUUCAUCCCAGUGGGGCUAAAUUAUGAGGGCAUUAAUAUCUUUGUUAAAGCUCUCAUUGAAGCUGUGAAAAUCCAAGGUGGUAAAGAAAAGGUUUCAGCUCUUAAUAACUCCAGAAUUGAAGCUUCAAAAGCAAUAGGGGACACUAGAAAAGUGUCACAGGUAGGGGAGGAGGAAGAGGACAAGAAGAGACUGCCUUCAAUAUCAUCAAAGCUACUUGAACAUGAAAUUGAAUUGGUUACAAGGCAGUCAACCCCAUCAUUUCAGGGACAGAAAUCUGGUUUAUUAGAAAAAUUGGAAGACAAUAAUGAAGCAAUUCGGAAGCCAUCAAUCUCCUCCGAGCCUCUUGAACAUGAUAUUGGGUGGGCUACACAGAUAGUUGAUAGAUCAAAACAGGAUAACAACUCUAGUUUAGAUACAAAAGAGGAGAUCUGUGAAGAGGCUUUAGAUACUGAAAUACUCUUCCAACCAGUUUUUCAAGGAUAUUUUGAAGCACUUUUCAAGGCAGUUGAGAACCAAAUAAAAGAGGCAUUGGCAAAGAAAGCUCUAUUGGAUGAUCUCAAAAAGGGAUUAUUUCAAAAUCAACAUGGAAAAGCUUUGAGGGAAACCAGGGAAACAAUUAGAAGCAUGGAGAUUGUGAACUUGGUCAACCUAGAGGGAGCUAAAUAUCCUGUCUUUCUAUCUUAUGCUAAUACAGAUAAGGACAUUGUUACUGAUUUUUUUUCAGGUGAGACUCAAGAGGAUAAUUUAGUUACUUAGGCCAGCAAAUUGUUUUGCAGGACUGUUCUGGACAAGGGUAGUUCUAGCUCCUGUUUUGUUUCUAUUCUAGGAAGGGAAAGGAAAUUUUUUGGCCGAGGAUCUCUGGCUUCUUGAUUAUGCUUCUCUUUUGCAUUUUUGGUAGUCCUUGACAGUAUAUGACCCAUGGGUUUAAAUGAAUAGGCAGUCUUGAUAAUAAUCACAAUGCAGCAGUUUCAUAGAUUCUGAUUUUUGAGUAUGGAUCGGUCCCAUUUGGUCAACUUGUAAUCUUGAUUCCCUCAGGAUUGGUGUAUCACCUUGGUCUUUUUUACUCUUGCAAUUGAGAAUUAUAUGUUGAGGCUUCUUUAUUCAAUCGAUUAAUCAACAUGGGUUUUGGAGAAGCUGUUCACCUUUCUUCAAAAGCAGAUGGACCAGUUUGAAGGACCGGAUUUCAGGCCAUGUACCAUUUGGGUAGUAGCUGGAAAAUAAACAAGUGAUUGUUGAACAUGUGAUUGUUGUCAUUUUAUAUGUUGUCUUGGAAGCUUGGUCCUCUCCCUUUGUUUUUAGUUCUUUGGGUUUUUCUCUUGUUUUUUAUUCCUUGCUGUGGCCUGGUGUUGGGGACGGCCACCCCCCCUCCUUUUGUACCUUUUUUCUUCUCAUUAAUAAAAAUCUCUCCUUUCC